AUGACUUACUGCAGUUCUAGUUAUUCGCGUUCGCAGUCGCAUUCGAAUUCGUAUCAGUAUGAAUAUCAAUACAGUUAUACGACUCAGAGUGGUCACGUGGAUAAUCGUUCCGUAUCAUUACCGACAGAUUGCUUUGAUCGUUUUAUUUCUUAUGCGCCUCGACAAGCAAUUUCGCAGCAGGAUUUCAUGAAAGUCGUGCAAGCUAUUAUGAUGGGUUCCAGCGCAACCGACUGUGAUAUACAUGAAGCAUUUUCUAUCUUGGAUACCGAUGGUUCAGGUACUCUUGAUGUGAGCGAAUUAGCAAAAGUGAUACCUGCUAUUAUGCCUGGUACAACUUCCAAUACACUAUAUACAAUGAUUCGUCGUUACGACAAAAAUGGUGAUAACACACUCAAUUUAAAUGAAUUUAUCAGACUUGUCAAGGGUGAUCUCGGAAGAGAUCUUGUCUACAGAGACGUUCUUAUGAUUUCGUGUGAUUAG